GGGGCGGCGGCGGACGGGGCGGGGAAGAGCUCGGUGCGGCCCGGGGGCCCGCGGUGGCGACGGUGGUGGUGGCGGCGGCUCCUCCUCCUUCUCCUCUUCCUCCUCCUCCUGCCCUUCCUCCCGCCUCUCGUCGCCCCGCGGCUUUGUGGCGCUGCGCCGGGGGAGGAUGAACGGAGGAUAAAUGGUGCCCAAAGCGGACAGCGGCACCUUCCUCCUGCUCUUCCUGCUGGUGCUGAGCAUCACCGAGCCGCUGCGGCCAGAGCUCCGUUGCACCCCAGGGCAGUUUGCGUGUCGGAGUGGUACCAUCCAGUGCAUCCCUUCAAAUUGGCAGUGUGAUGGAUGGCCCACCUGUGAGGACGAGAGUGAUGAAGUUGACUGUCCAGGCUUGACAGGGGACCAGCGAACUUACCAUGGGAAGGAGAAUGUGGACUCCAGGCAUAAUCGAGGGAGGGGAGGAGAGACGACCCGCUUUCACACUGUCAAUGUGGCACAGCCUGUCCGAUUUAGCAGAAAGUGCCCAACAGGGUGGCACCACUACGAGGGCACAGCCAGCUGUUACAGAGUGUAUUUAAACGGGGAGAACUACUGGGACGCUGUGCAGACAUGUCAGCGGGUGAAUGGAUCCCUUGCCACCUUCACUGCAGACCAGGAGCUAAGAUUUAUCCUGGCACAGGAGUGGGACUUGGAAGAAAAGACAUUUGUAAGGAAGGACCAACGUAGGUUCUGGGUUGGAUAUCAAUAUGUGAUCACAAAUCGAAAUCACUCCCUAGAAGGUCACUGGGAAGUAGCUUAUAAAGGCUCUUCAGAAGUAUUUUUACCCCCUGACCCUAUCUUUGGUACGGCUAUGUCUGAAAAUGAAAACGUUCUUUGUGCCCAGCUUCAGUGUUUCCAUUUUCCUACCCUUCGACACCAUGGUUUACACAGCUGGUAUGCUGAAAACUGCUACGAGAAGUCGUCAUUCCUCUGCAAAAGGAGCCAGACUUGCGUCGAUAUCAAAGACAACAUUGUUGAUGAAGGCUACUAUUUCACUCCAAAAGGGGAUGAUCCCUGUCUGAGCUGCACGUGUCAUAACGGUGAACCUGAGAUGUGUGUGGCUGCUCUGUGUGAACGGCCACAGGGAUGUCAGCAGUACCGCAAAGAUCCAAAGGAGUGCUGCAAAUUUACUUGUUUAGACCCAGAUGGGAACAGCUUGUUUGACUCAAUGGCUGGUGGAAUGCGUCUGAUAGUUAGCUGCAUUUCAUCCUUCCUCAUCCUCUCUUUGCUGCUCUUCAUGGUCCACCGUCUACGCCAGAGGCGGAGAGAGCGCAUAGAGUCUUUGAUUGGAGCAAAUUUGCACCACUUUAACUUGGGCCGCAGGAUGCCUGGUUUUGAUUAUGGUCCUGAUGGUUUUGGAACUGGCCUUACUCCACUGCAUCUUUCAGAUGAUGGGGAAGGGGGAGCAUUUCAUUUCCAUGAUCCACCUCCACCCUAUACUGCUUACAAGUAUCCAGACAUUCAACAUCCAGAUGACCCACCUCCUCCUUAUGAGGCUUCUGUCAAUCCAGACAGCAUCCUUUGUUCCACUCCAGAUGGAGUUCUUUCUCAGACUGUGCAGAGCAGUCCUCCAUCGCUAGGAAACUGUGAUGUAUCCCCACAGCUUACAGAGGGAUCACUUCCUCCCUCAGUUGGUCCUUCUCCAGUGGAGCUGGAAGACUCUGCUGACAGCAGCACCUUUCUUGUCCCUCCCGACACACCGCUAAAUGAAAACACACCGGCAGAAACUCUUACGAGCAGCCGUCACAGCCACUGUUCUCUCAAUACCAUUGUAUAAAGGAAUAAAAAGCCGACUGCCGGUCAGAAAUAGUUUUAGCAACUGUUUGCACAGACAAACACUAAUCCAUGGUUUGAACUUCAGAAGGAAUCUCCACUUUGUUUUGAACACUGCUUUUAUGUUCUAGAUUAGGGUCGUGCCUCUUGUUUUUGGCUGUCGUUACUCGUUCACUAAUCAGUUUGUCCUGUAAAUAUGGACUGUAUAACUGCUCUUUUUUUUUUUCCAUUGGCUAUGGAAAAGAAUGCAGAGAAUUCCUUUGACUUCUAAGGAGAGGAAGAGUAUGGGUAGUGUUUUUUUGUUUUGUUUUUGUUUGUUUUUUAACUGAGAGGAAACAAAAUCUACAUCAGAAAAAGCUGCUUGGAUUUGGCUGGAUACCACUGGACCUAGGGAACAGACAAUGGAAAAGGAGGGUGGGGGCAGUCAUUGUUCAAUCAGUUGCUUUCUCUCUUGCUUCAGUGCUACACUUGGAAAAGACAGAGAAGACUGAACUGCAGGGGAAGGGGCUAGGUGUCUGUUACACAGAGCAGGAACACUGAGGAGCUAAAACAUGCUACCACGUAAGAGUUACACAGUACGAAACGUUUGUGUGUUUUGAUCUGCCUUGCUGUUUCAAAACACCCUAGGGACUGGAGGAUAAAUGAUCUACGCAAUGUGCAACUUUGUCUGUUUAUGGAAGUGGGUACUAAGAAAACUAGGAUUUGCAAUUACAAUUAUUUGUUGUUGGUAGCUGCAAAAAUUAAUGUUGUAAGGUAAACUUCUGUGCUAUAAAGCAAAUUGGGUCUGCGCAGUGCUGGCAUCCUUUCAGUAGAAUCCUCGUAUGUGUCAGGUAGUACUUAAGGGAAGAGACGGGGAGCAGUUAACUCUGAUGCAGUCUAACUUCACUAUACGAAGCCCCCUGUUUGUUAUAAUCCCAUAAGGAAGAUUGAAGUGUUUUUCUUUGUAGUUUAACUCCUUUACAAUGAACAGUUGCACAAAACUGGCCUGGAUAAAAGACCAUUGUUCUUGCUUUUCUUAUUGCAUGCUAUAUUUAGCAUGUAAGUGUGUUCCCUCUCUUCCGUUUCACUUCUUUACAGUUUCUACAAAUAACAUUUAAAAACACUGAUCAACACACUGUACAUAAUGUUUAAUUGGACACUUGUUUCUUAUCCUAAUCCUAUAAAUGCCAACCCUAUUCUAGGAAUUCUCCCCACCCACACCCUAAACCAUUUAUCCAGGUUCCACAAGGGGUUAUAAUGAGGUUAGUGUACUUAAAUCAGUAAAGCAGUCUGCUUCACUCUGAUAUGCGAUCUUCAAUUUUUCCCUCAGAUUGAAUUCUUUAAGCUAAUUUGAACAUUGCAAAAAGAGAUUAAUUCACUCCCUCACUAAUCCCAAAGUCAAGCACUGUUGGUUUUGAUAAUGAGUGCAAAACAAUCUUUACAGGUGGUUUUAAAUUUACGUGGGAUUUUAGUGUACAAAUAAUUUGCCCCUACCCUCCAUCCUCCUCUUGCCUCUGCUUCUCCUUGACUUACUGUAGCAGUCAGCAGAUGAGAUAAAUUAUAAGGAAUAUGUAAAGAAUGCCCCUUGUGAGUGUUCUCCUAUUACCUUAUGAAGGGUACAAGCCUAGAGGGACAGGAAGAAAACACUGCAUGGGGGUGUAUAUGUGAAUUAUUUUUCUAGUAAUGAUGAGAAAUCAUACUUGUAUGACAAAUCCUAACCCACUAUUGUGGUUUCCCAGUGCAGCUGACUUUUCCCUAUUGAAUAUGCUGCUACUUUCUAUUCUGUGUCUUGCCUAUAGGCUUAUACUGUACUUGAGGAUUGGUCUUGACAAUUCAACUCCUUUUGCACAGAAAACUGUGAGUUUCAUUAUUGAGAUCAUAUCUGGAGUCUUGACAUUCAGGCACUUGCUAACAAUCUUGAAUCCACUGGAGAGUGAAUCACAGUUCUCGUGUGCGCUGGUGCUGCGCGAGUAGGAGGAAGCACUGUUAGGAAGCCUCUUCGCCUGGAGUCGUACCACCACAGCGCGUCCUGUUCUCUGGUUUGACUGGCUCUAACAUGAGCAGCACGAAAUGAGAGGAGCAAUUCUCCACCCUGGGGGAUCUGUUACCGUCUCCUCCUCUGAGUUCAAGUCCUGGUCUAACAAAGUGGAUGGAUAGCAGUAGUGAGAACCAUGCAUACAAAUUGAGCAUUUCUGAAGUAUGAAAAUAAAGCGGGUUUUGUGCA